AUGUCGGAAAAAAGACCAACUACGCGAAGUCAAUCAAUGACUAGGGUGCCUAAACCUCUCACGGAGGAGGAGCUAGCGCGGUUAACCCUAGCACACGAAGAUCGGGAUAAAACUCUUGUAUCGAAAGAAAGGGAAUUAGAAUCGGAAAAACAAAAAUUAACACAACGGGAACGGGAAAUUCAGAAAGCCGAACAAACAAUUAAGGGAAAACUAGAGGAGAUGGAUAAGAGGUCCGCAGAAUUAGUAAAAACGACAAAAAAUACGGAACUUCAAAUGUUCGAGGAAAUAGAAAAAUUAAAGCUACAAAUCGCGGGAGUACAGUCAAAACAACAAUCCGAAACAUCAGAUAACGAUCAAGAUAUGGAUAAAACAAUAGUACCUCGAAUAAAACAAAAAUCAAUCGAACGCGAUGUAUCUUGGAAAUUAUCGAACCAUGGCGAACCGUCGUGCUCACGAAACCCUGGGAAAGCAACCAAAAAACCGCGUAACGUUAGAAAGACGCGCUCGGAAACUGAAUCCUCCGAGGAAGAAAAAUUAAAACAUUCACGGAAACCUCCCAAAUCAUUAAUUAGAAAUAAUAGAUCGGAAACCGAAUCGUCCAACGACGACGAAGUGAGUCACCCGCGGAAAACGCGGAGACCUCGAAAGACAGAAUCACGCAAAACUCCCAAAUACAGUUCGGAAUCUGAGUCGUCCGAUAGCGAAACCACCUCAGAUGAAGACGAUGAAAUUGCGGCAAGGCCACGAAAACCUUUAAGAAAAUCAAAGCGUCACGUAGGAAAAAAGGGUCGCCGCGACACCAUGUUAGAAUCAUCUAUUACUCUCAAAGAAGCUCUUUCCGACAUUCCCUCCUUCAACGGUGCGAACACCUCAGUAAUGCAUUUGAUUAGAGCUUGUAAACGAGCCAAAAAAACCAUUAUGCCGGGGGCAGAACUCAGACUUAUACGCGGCAUAAAAGGUAAAUUAACCGGUCGCGCAUACGCACUUGUAGAAGAUACCGAGUUUGACGAUCUAGAACCAUUGAUAGAUAAGUUGAUGGAAACCUUUGGUCCUUCCAAAUCUGCGAACGUUUAUCGAGGAGAGCUAGCUUGUAUCCUUAAAAAACGGGAUGAACACAUGCUCGAUUACAUAGGGCGAGUAAAAGACCUCAUUACCGCGAUACUGGAAAGCGAAAGGCGUCAAACCGGACGAAUAUCAAAACGAACGCGAAAGGAUCUCGAAACGGAAGCGCUGCAAAGUUUUACGCUAGGCUUACCGAUCGAACAUCAAAAUUCCUUGUCUUUAUCGGGAACACUCACGCUAGAGGAGGCAUUUUCGAAAGCCAUACAGAUAAGCAGACGAUUCGAAGACCGGGUAGAAAAUCGAAGAGAAGAUAGAAACACUAAUCAAUUUUUGCGCCGAGCUGAUGCUAAUAUCAUAAGGCAGGAAUCGCCCAUAUGUACUCUCUGUCAACGCGUAGGACACUACUCCGAUAAUUGUCGCCAAAACCGUCGGUAUCAGGGAAAUCCGGAAUACGGUAGAAAUAAUGAUAGUUACAAUCAAAACCGCCCCUACCAAAGGAAUCCGAAUUACAACCCCGAACAGUCGAGACAAAGAAAUUCGGAAUACAGUAGGAGUAGCGAUAACCCCAAUCAAAACCGCCCCUACCAGGGAAACUCGAAUUAUUAUACAAACAGGGAUAAUUACCGCAAUAAUAGAAACUCGGACCGCGAAAAUUACCGUAGAUCGGAAGAUCAGGGCAAUUUUUACCGAAACCAGGAAAACGGGCCACGUGUUAAAUUCGAAAGACCCCAGUACGAUCGCGAUAACACGAGAAACCGCGCUGGAACCUCUCAAGACGCGAGAGAAAAUAGCAGACCACCAUACGACGGGCGACGUCCACUUGAAACCCCUGUCAGUUGUAAAUACUGUCGUAAACCUGGUCACACCAUAGACGAGUGGAAACGAAACGCGACCCCCUGGAAAUCGGAAUGGCGCCCAGGAGGUCCCGAAGGAGACAAAGGCCACACGAGCCAUCCAAAUAACUGCAGACGAGUCCGAGCCUCGACGGUCCGAUUAAGUAAGAAAAAACCGUCGCCCACAAUUAGGGCAUCUUCGGACGAUUUAAGGACCGAUAUAAACAUCCUUAUUGAUACAGGUGCAGAACCAAAUUUGCUAGAGAUCGGAGCACUAGCAACCUCGACGAAUAUCAAUCCGAACGAAAUAUUAAAUCUGUCAGGAAUAACCGACGGUUACGUAGAAACUUUAGGUGCAGUCGAAAUAAAUAUCCGCGAUAUAAUAGUUGAAUUCCACUUAGUCACCAACGACUUUCCGAUCCAACAGGACGCGCUAUUUGGAACAGAUUUUUUCGACACGCACGGAGCGACCAUAAAUUAUAAAAACGAGUGGGUCGAAGUAAAUAACGAAUUUUUCCAUUUCAUUAAUCGAGAGACGGUACUCUUACCCGGGAGAACAAACGUAGGAUUUUAUAUCAAGAUAAGAAACCAGGAGAUGAAAGAAGGUUAUUUACCAAAACUAAACACGAUAGAAGGAUUAUAUUUAGGAGGAGCAAUAGUAAAAAACGUAAACGGGCGAGCAUAUGUUAGAGCAAUAAAUGCGAGGGAAGAGGAUUUAGAAUUGGUAAUACCGACCGUAACUUUACUACCGAUCAAGGACGCGAAACCACUGCGAAGUACUUCAAUUACAGAAUACGACAAGCACAGGGAUAGCGUGAGCGAUGCGAUUCAUCCUCUGGUAAAAAACGGAACGUCAAUGAUAAAUUCUUAUAUCGAAAAUAAUUGCGUAAGAAUAGGGAAGGAAACCGUGGAGACACUUCACGAACCUUCGACUUCGACUUCGGUCUUAGGACCGGGCGAAGACCAAAAAAAUCACCGUCAAUUACACAUGUUUAGCUCCGAUACGAUAUCAAAAGAUCCAACAAAGUCAGACCCUCCUAUAAAUCCAACAUCGAAUCCAAAUAAUGACGAAUCAUUUUCCAGUAAGCCUAACGGGCCGAUCCCAUUUCAAUUGAAUCCCAAUAUUCCUCGUCAAAAAGACGCUGAGAAUCCAAUCGAUGAUAAAUCAUUUUCCAGUAAGCCUAAAGGGCCGAUCCAAAUUCAAUUGAAUCCCAAUAUUCCUCGUCAAAAAGACGCUGAGAAUCCAAUCGAUGAUGAGUCAUCCUCCAAUAAGCCUAACGGGCCGAUCCCAUUUCAAUUGAAUUCCAAUAUUCCUCGUCGACAAGACGAUGAGAGUCCAAAUAACGAUGAAAAUAAUUUAAAAAAUAAUGUGUCACGACUAACUAUUGAAAUUUCAGGAGAACCUUCGAAUAACCUUAACAAUGAAAGAAUUGAUACAGGAAUUAAAAAACUUAUGCGAAUAAAUUAUUCGGAUAAUACGGAAAACAACAUAAGAAAUAUACGCGAAGAACGUUAUGACAAAAUAAUAAAUUUACUGCGAUUAGAACACUUGAAUCAGGAAGAAAAGGAAAGCGUUAACGAAUUAAUUAGGAAAAAUCAAGACAUGUUCCAUAUUCCGGGUGAGCCUUUAGGAGCCACAAAUACAAUUAAACACGGUAUAACCACCACAGACGACAUUCCAAUAAAUACGAGACAGUAUAGAUUUCCUCCGGUACAUAAAGAAGAAAUAGCUAAGCAAGUAAAAGACUUGUUAGAUAACGACAUCAUAAAACCUUCUCUUUCACCGUAUAAUUCGCCAUUAUGGAUUGUACCCAAAAAGCCAGAUUCCAAAGGCAAUAAACGAUGGCGCACGGUCAUCGACUAUCGCGCGUUAAACGAAAAGACGGUAGGAGACGCAUACCCUCUUCCCAAUAUCACAGAAAUACUAGAUCAAUUAGGAAGCGCUAAAUAUUUUUCAGUAUUCGAUUUAGCCUCAGGGUUUCACCAAAUAAAAAUGAAAGAAACAGAUGCCGAGAAAACUGCAUUUUCUACACCUUAUGGACAUUACGAAUUCACUAGAAUGCCGUUCGGACUAAAGAACGCGCCUGCAACUUUUCAAAGAUUAAUGGAUCAGGUUUUAUCAGGAUUACAAGGAAACGAACUUUUUGUGUACUUAGAUGAUAUAGUAAUCUACGGCAGUUCAAUACGGAAUCACGAAAUUAAAUUCAAUAUUUUAAUGGAAAGACUCAGGGAAGCAAAUUUAAAACUGCAGCCUGACAAGUGCGAAUUUUUAAAAAAAGAAGUUAUGUAUUUAGGUCACAUAAUUAGUGAUGACGGAUUAAAACCAGAUCCCAAAAAGAUAGAAGCAGUAAAAGAAUUUCCAAGACCUAAAAACGCUAAAAAUAUCAAACAAUUCCUCGGUUUAGCCGGAUAUUACAGAAGAUUUAUUCCCGAUUUUUCAAAAAUAGCGAAACCUCUCUCAAACUUACUAAAAAAGGAAAUACCGUUUCAUUGGAAAGAAUCACAAGAAAAAGCAUUUAUAGAAUUACGCGAUAAAUUAUGCAGUAAGCCAAUAUUACAAUACCCAGAUUUUACAAAACCCUUCGUGAUAACUACAGAUGCAUCUGGCUACGCGAUAGGCGGAAUUCUAAGCCAAGGUCCCAUAGGAAAAGACCUUCCGAUAGCCUAUACUUCAAGAUUAUUGAAUAGCGCAGAACAAAAUUAUUCAACUAUAGAAAAAGAACUUCUUGCGAUAGUAUACUCGGUAAAUCAUUUUCGGGCUUAUGUAUAUGGAAACGAAUUUACACUUGUCACGGACCAUCGACCCCUAAUGUGGUUACAUUCCGUAAAGGAUCCCACUUCUAGACUAGUGAGAUGGAGAUUAAAAUUAGCCGAAUACGAAUAUAAAGUCCAGUAUAAGGCAGGAAAAAUAAAUUUAAACGCGGACGCAUUAUCCAGAAAUCCGAUAGAAAUUAAUCAGAAGAUCCUCAAAAUAAAUCAAACACGACCAAGUACAAGCGACAACAUAAAAAUAGUCUCAGGAGACUUAUUCACAGCAAGUGAAGAAUAUUCACUAGCGCACUGCGUAGCUAAAGAUUUCAGAAUGGGAGCAGGAAUAGCCCUUGAAUUUAGGAAAAGAUUUCGCGGAGUCCGCAUGUUGAAGAACCAAAAUAAAACAAUCGGAGAAGUAGCUUAUCUACCACAUGGCAAGAGAUAUAUAUUUUACCUUAUCACCAAAGAAGUCAGUCACGGUAAACCGACAAUAAAAUUAAUCGAACGAAGCUUAUGCGCAUUAAGAAAUCUCUGCAUUAAAUUAAACUGUUAUAAGAUAGCUAUGCCCAAGAUAGGUUGUGGACUCGAUAAAUUAAGUUGGCCGGAUGUCGAAGAAAAAAUACGAAUCAUAUUUCCCGAGCCCUUCACGAUCUUAAUAUACGAGAAUAAAAUAAACAGUACCAGCGAACCAACCAGUCCAAUAACAAACUCAGCUAAGGACGACCCUUAUCAAGUACCGCCAAGUGAAAACGAUAUCUCAAACGCCAACUGCGCCACACCGACGCCAUCAACAGCGAAACCCAAACAUAGUCAAAUAAAAAUACCACACCGAAUAUUGCGCGACAGAAACAACAUUCGAAAGCCACAGUGGUAUUCUGAUCCCCUAAAUGGAAACAACCAUACCCAGAAUCUCGACGAGAUAACUGACGAUGACUGCAGCCGCCAAAGCUCCAACCAACAUAACAGGAGUGACUCAGAAUCAUGCGAUACAGAUAAGGAUGACCAACCAUGUUUUGACUCGCGAGAAUUUAUACUCAGCGACAAUAAAGACAGCGAUCAAGACUCUGACGAUGACGAAAGAGACGCAGGGUUUAGACCUAAUAUUGAAUAUUCAACCGACUCCGAUUCAGAAAUUAUUCCAAGCCAAGACGAGGACAACCCUUUGCCAGGGCCACGUGACGAUUUUCCGAUGGAACCAGAGCCGCGUCAAUUCUCUGAAACUCGAGACAACCUCGCACUUCAGAAGGGAAAUUUAGUAUUUUUCAUAACCACACAUGGCCAACCAUGCGACGAGGGCGCUAGAAAUCUCCAAUCCGCGGGUAAACUACCCCCCUUUACAGACGUGAUGCUGGGCAGACCAAAAAUUCAGGAGAGUGGGAAAACCCGCUAUGUAGGUUUAGCAAUAAAAGAAACCAUACAUACGAAUUUAGAUGAGGGUAUAUUCAAGGAUGCACUACAAUCUUUACUCGAGGUAGUACGGGAAUUACAAUUGGACACCCUAAUAAUUUCAGAGACACAAAACAUAGAUCACCUCAGCUGGAGCAAAAUUAAACUUCAAUUACAGCAGCUCUUUUACGAUACCCCAUGUAAAUUUAUAGUUUGCAAAAACCUCAUUAAAAUACCCCCAGAAGAUGAAAGAAUAUCGCUAAUUCGGGAAUAUCAUGCUUCACCGAUAGGAGGACAUAAGGGGAUGAUUAAGACAUAUCGUCGAAUCAGACAAUAUUAUUAUUGGACAAAUAUGAAAGCCCAGAUUGAGGAAUAUAUUAGGAAUUGUUUGGAAUGUCAGUUAAAAAAAUUGACCAGAGUAAAAACAAGGCAACCCAUGGUUCUUACCGAUACACCCGGUGCUAGCUUUGAUAAAAUUUCAAUGGAUAUCGUAGGUCCUCUACCUACCUCCCCUUCAGGGAAUGAAUAUAUAUUAACCAUACAGGAUCAGCUUUCUAAAUAUUGCUUGGCAAUACCCCUCGAAACCACAACAUCAGCCAAAAUAGCAGAAGCAUUAAUAAAAAAUGUAUUCUUUAAAUUCGGAGCCCCAAAAUAUAUAUUAACAGAUCAGGGCGCUAAUUUAAUUAGUUCACUUAUGAAAGCUGUAGCUAAGAAAUUCAGGAUUAAACAAUGUAGAACAACGGCAUUUCACCCUCAAUCGAACGGUUCAAUAGAAAGAUCGCAUCAUGUAUUGGUGGAAUAUUUAAAACAAUAUAUAAAGAAAACCAACAAUUGGGAUGAAUGGCUGGAUUGUGCUAUGUUUUCUUACAAUACUAGCGUACAUGAAGGAACUGAAUUCACGCCCCACGAAUUGGUAUUCGGAAGGCUAGCUAGGUUACCAUCCGAACAUACGACGAUAGACGAACGACUCGACAGAAGUUACGAGGAUUACUUGAAACAGUUAUUUACCACGCUAAAGAAUUUGCAGACGGAAGCGCGAGAAAAUUUGAUAAAGGCCAAAGAAAGGUAUAAAUAUUAUUACGACAGGAAAAUAAACCCUUUGCAUUUAAGUGAAGGAGACGAGGUAUUUUUGCUAAAGGAACCAAGGGAUGGCAAAUUCGGAGAUCAUUAUACGGGUCCGUACAAGGUUCUAGAGAUAUUAAAUAAUCAGAACGUUAGGAUCAAAGUAAAAAACAAUAACCGGGUAGUGCACCGUAAUAAACUAAAAAGGAUGAUGCACCAAACACAUGACCCUACUCGCAUAUAA